CUGAAGAAAUUAGGCGUCCGGGUUGACCCAAGUCGCUGGAAUGCGGUAGACGCCUUUUCUUUCCUCGGUGAAUUGAGCUCCGUUUACAGAAAAUUCAACUCGUUGAAAUGUAGCGUCAAAGAGUGUAGUCUCGGCUCCCAUGUUUUCCCUUGCUUCAAUGACCCUUUCCCCUUGUUCAUCAAAAAAUUAUCCCUCAGCGGGUGCGGAUUCUCGUGGGACCACAUCAGUCACGUGGCCGCGUUGCCUAGUCUCCAAGUGCUUAAACUGCGAAUGAAUGCCUUCCGGGGGGCGUUUGGAAAACACUACCUGCUGACGCGUGUGGUCAUCAGGCAUUGCUACAUGCUGCGUGAGGUUGACAAUGAGUUAUCUGAGAUUCCCCAAUUUGGUGAGCUGGAGGUGGAGGAUUGCAGCCCUGAUAUUGAGGCCUGGGCUACAAGAGUUAGAGACGAGCGGUUACGUAGACUUGGUGUGGAUCGGCUUCAACUCAUGAUCCAUUCUUCGAGGAAUGAAAGUGACAAACGCAAUAGCUCCGCCGCCACCCGCCCGACGUCGCCGGUUGCUGCCGCUCACGAGCGCUGUCCGCCAUACUCGGCUUUUGGGUCUGUCGAGAAAUCACGUAAAAAAUUACUGGAUUUUACCACGACCCACAAGCAGGCCCUGGAUCAAACAGAUAUGGUUAAUUGUAAUUCUGGAGGAGAAAAACUUGAAGCUCAAAUGGAAGGGAUAGAAGCUUCUGCUGAUCCUUGUCUAGGUGAACAAACAGACUUGUCGGCUUGUAAUGCCACCGAACAAUCAGAUUAUCCGCCGCCACCAUCAGAAUGGCUAGAAGACACUCUUAUUGAGAUGUAUUUGUCAGGCCAUUCGAAUCAAACAACCUAUGCAGCUGAGAAUAAUGACAUUGAUAAUCCAAGUGUUCAAGAGAAUGGAGAUAAUGAUAGCGAUGAACUGGAAGAAGGCGAAUGGGUCCCUGAUGACCCUGAUUUCUGGAAGAAUUUUAGUGAGAAAGUCUUAGCUGCAGGUGUAACUGAGGAAGAAGAAAACUGGCGUGCCCAAUAUGGGCAAGUGAGUAGUAGAUCAGACGAGGAGUGGGUUUCGGAUUUGCAAACGGUGGAUUUAUGGGAUUGGGGUUUGGUUAGAGGGACAAAAAAAGGCGGGAAAACAGAGGUGGCUCGACUUGUUGGCAGAUUAAACAAGAGUUCUAGCAAACUUCAUCCUUCAGUGCCUUCGGGUGGUGGUAUAUUGAAAAGUGCACCAGUGUGUGAAGUGUACUUUGAUAUGGUACGAGUGACUUCAGGUCGGAUAUACAGAUUGAGGACUCCCAGCUUGAAAUAUUUGGCUUCUUUAACGGCUUAUGAAGCUUCUAACCCAACUAAAGAUUGGAGCUUUCCCCAAUUAUCCUUGAAAGAUCAUACACAGAAGUUAUCCGAUUCUCAAAACUUGGAAGGUCUUGCUGCUCAGAAGGAUAAAUCUUCGUCUUCAGUAAAGCUGGUCCAAUCCAAGAAAGAUCAUAUAUAUCGAGAUAGAGCUGCCGAGAGAAGAGCUCUGCAUGGUGGAUUUGGCGUGGGCCCUGGACAGAAGAACUCAACCGAAGCUUCUGAUUCUGCCUCGUCGUAUUCUGCUUCACAACGUGAUGUGGCGGAAGCUGAGGCAUUGAACUUCUCAUUCGGGACAGGAAGUUACGCCAGGAAGGUUCUAGAAGGCAUGGGAUGGAAGGAGGGGGAGGCUCUUGGCUUGAGCGUGAAGGGUUUGAUUGAGCCUCUGCAGGCGACUGGAAACAAAGGAACUGCCGGUUUAGGCUUUGCUAAUGGCCGCAGAAAGUAAUUGUAUUUAAAGGGUCAAAUUUCACUUGUAGACAUGAAAACUGCUCUGACAUGAAAAUAUAGUAGUAUUAGAUUUUCAUUAAGGGGAUAUUAGUAUUGGUUGGAAAUUCCAGUUACCUAAUUUCACUUUCUGCAAUUCCACAAUUAUUUCAAGUUUCCUUUUUCUUGCGUGAAGACUUUGCUUGUGCUGUUAGCUCAAGGUAAUAAGUCGAACCUACUAAUGUGGCUUGAAACUAUCAUACAAUACACGGCUAAUAUAUGAUUGAAAUAUCAAUUUUACCUCGAGUACUCAACUCUUUAUGUUAUGC